AUGGGGAAAAGGAAAAGAUCGCCAGCUGAUCGCUCGCCGGGCUGUUCUCGAAACAGAUCUCGGUCUCGGCAUGGGCAUUCUCCUCAUAAGAACCGCCAUUUUGUUUCUCCUUCUCGAUCUCGAUCUCGGAUUUCCGAAGGUUCUAGAGAAUCGAAGUCUAGACGCUCUCAGGGCUCUUAUGCCUCUUAUUCUUACAAUGGAAAUCGAGGAAGAGAUUCCUAUGUUGUUAAAGAGCUCGAGUUACUCAAAAAGAGACUCGAUCGCUAUGAGGGUUCAACUUCAGCUCGACUCAGUUCAACUUGCCGAAGUAGCCGAUCUGAGUCUACGACCAGAUCAAGACCUCGACACUCACCUCGUAGCCCUCCUGUGCCCUUGGAAAGGGAAACAGGAGAAGAUCAGGAAAACCUGAUAGACCUAGCGAAUUUGCAAGGAUCACCCAGGUCACCAGAGGCGUUAGUUCUUACAGAGGACGUUAAUUUGGACGACGACAUUCUAAAAGCCUUGGGGGAGCAGAAAAACGUCAAUAAACAUGGGUAUGAGGCUCAUGUUGUGUUAAAAAAGCGAUGGGAGGAAAUUCUAAGUGGUGGACUUGGUAAGGAGGAGCGGGAAGCCUUGAAGGAAAAAUACCCAAUCCCAAAUAAUAUUCCAACCUUAAUGUCACCAGCUAUUAAUCUUGAAAUAAAGAAAGCAGUCCCAUCAAUUACAAUUAAAAAGGACAAAUUCCUCGAGAUAACUCAAGCCAUGCUGGGCCAUGGCAUUUCGGCCAUAGGUAAGGGCCUUUCAAGUCUUUUGACUGACAGUAAUAGCCUGGAUGCAAAAAACCAGCUAAUCUCUCGGUUGAGCGAUGGAGCAAAACUCUUAACUGAUGUUCACCAUAAUUUGUCUCUAAAUAGAAGACAAUUAGUAACGAGCUCACUAAAUACCUCUAUCAAAGAGGUUAUUCAGGGAACUCCAGUCGAUGACCUAUUAUUCGGCCAAAACUUAGCUGAAAAAAUAAAAGCUGCAAAGGAAGUUGAAAGGUCAGUUUUUAAAUUAAAAGAGCCUUCAAAGGUUAUACCCAGCGCCGGACGGGCAAUCACCGAUCGAAUUACCAACCUCGAUCCCGUCACCAGCAGUAUUACCAGAAAAAACAGGAACCCCAGCAAAAAUUCAGGAAAUAGAGGAUUGUCCAUCGAAAUUAUGGAUAUAAUGAAACCCUUUUACCAUUCCUCCGAUGGUCGUUUGGAUUUGGCUGACCCCAAAGACUACUACUGCCAUCAAAACAGACCGUAUUCUCCACAUUUGUACCAAAGACCCACUUUCAACCAUCAACCAGGCUUCAUAAAAGUUGAAGAUGUUAUCAGUAUGACCCCAGAUUUAUAUGACAAUAAUACAUAUGAUUCGUUUAUGACAACUUCGUCGUUGUUGUCAGAAGAUCGGAUAAGUUAUGGUAAUUUUAAUUUUUUUACAUUGAAACGAGAUACUAAUGAUGAAGAUAGUAACAACAAAACGAAAGACAAAGAUAAUAAUAAUAAGAAAUCUGCUGGAAAGAAGAGAAAAAAGUCGGUGAGAGAUAGGCCGUCAUCGCCAACCAUUGUAAAAAGAAGAAGACUAGCCGCUAAUGCCAGAGAGAGGCGAAGAAUGAAUGGGCAAAGAGAGACUUUGUUGAUUGUGAUUUACUUAGAGAAGUCGUUUGAUUAUACCUACUCGUCCACUAAUGAUGGAGGUAUAAGAUGUCCGUCACCCCGAAUAUCGUCACCAGAAAGCCAUCACGCGCUGAACAGUCCGUUCUCAACCGUUUCCGAUCCUGGCAUGUCUUCGCAACCCUACACACCAAACUACUACCCGAAAACGCCUCAGUCGUGGGGCAGUCACGAAUUCUACGGCGAAAACAACAACAUCUACAACAAAUACGACAAAUACAACUAUUCCUCUCGUUCGAACGCUUCAUCGUACAAAACCCACAACAAUAAUCAGCAAGAGGAUUUUUACAAGACCAACUACAAUAAGAAAGAUCAGCAGAGCAAGAAUAAGCCGCCAAGUGCUCCAGUCGGGCUGGAGGUGAUGAAAAAGAGGCGAUUGGCGGCUAAUGCGAGAGAACGGAGAAGGAUGAAUAGUUUGAACGAUGCUUUUGAUCGGUUACGCGAUCAUGUUCCUAGUUUAGGGAAUGAUAGGAAGUUGAGCAAGUUUGAAACGUUGCAGAUGGCUCAGCAAUAUAUCGCGGCAUUACAUGAACUGUUGCAAAGAGAUUGA